AUGCGGAAGAGCAGCGGAGCCCACCGAUCGGCGGAACUAUCGGCGGAACUCGGGGAUGGGAUACGGGACCUUUACGGGGCUCCGCAGUUUGGAAAUGCGGCAACGAAUCACGGCGGAGAGGAGCAAUAUUACGACCAUCCGCCACCUAUAGGAGUAGAAAAAGGAGGGAAUGUCGUUCCGCCUCGGCGUUCCCGCAGCAUCUCCCCCGCCGUGGGGGAGGGGAACAUGGCGCGCGGAAACGGGGAGCGCGCGGGUGGGAGCUUGGCGGCGGAUAUGGUGAUGGGGGAAGUUAAGAAUCACACGGGGAGGGUCAAGGAGUUGGGUCGGGUUAGAAGCGGUAUGGCGGAAGACACGGCUCAUGGAAGGAGCUCAGGUGCUGACAUGGUUCAAGGGAGAGUGUACAGGAAAAUGGCGACGGAGCGAGAGAGAGGGAAGGAGGCGGAGCGAGUUAGACAGCGCGACCUGGAACGGGGAAUUUACCUCGGAGAUUUCGACAGAUCUUACCUACGCAUGGCGACGUGUGAUUCGUCGAUACGACCAGGGAGGAGCAGGGGCGGGUGUGCCAAAGGGGGUCAGAGCGGGGUUGGUGGUGACACGUCAGCUGGGAGAGAGGGCGAGGAAGCAGAAGGGGUUUCUGAGGAGGAGGACAUGGGGAUACGGACAAAAGCGGCAAGUAGGCGGCAGCAGCAGCAGCAGCAGCAGCAGCAGCAGCAGCAGCAGCAGCAGGGUUACGGUGCUUCAGCUGCUGCUCACGCUACCCUCUCUCACUCCUCUGCAGGUCCGCGUAGGAUGCAGCACAGUGUCACAGCAGGGGAGGCAGGAGGCAGGGAGAGGAGGCGAGGAAAGGUACUGGGAAGCGCAGGGGAGAGGCGUGGUGGGGGGGUGGGUGGUGUUGGGGAGGGAGAGGAUGAGGGGAUGAGCAGCGAUAAUCUGACGAGAAUAGCCGCCCAGAUGAUGGGGUUUGAAGAUGGGGAGGGACAGGAAGGGCAGGAAGGAAUGUUGCAGGAACCAAGACAGGAGGGGCUGAUUGGUCCAUCCGCCCUGCUGCCGAGCCACAGCUCCUCCCGACCCUCUUCCAUCCGCAAGGCACACUCAGCCUCGGCCAAGCCUGGCAAACCCGGAGGCUCGGCAGGAGGCUCGGGAGCUGUCGCAGGUGGCGACGAUGCAGCUAUCGAGCAACUGCUUCAGCUGGGGUUGAACGAUUCACGUCUAAGGGACUGGGCUGCCAGGUUUAAAGCAGGAGAGACAGACAGACGGGAGCUACAGACACUGCUGCUGGAGCUUCAGAAAGAGCAAAGGUUGCACGGGGUGGGGGGAGGAACAGGGGGUAGGGGAGAGGAAUUCACAGGAAGGUUUGCAGCAGGGACAAAUGAGGCAGAGGGAGUGACUGAUUCUGUUGCUGCAGGUGCUGCUGGGUCAGGAUUAGGGUUAGGGUUUAUGGGGGGUUCAAGGCCUAGAUCUUCCUCUCGUAGGCUUGCCAGUAGCAGUGGCGUCCGAAGCAGGCCAGGUUCGUCAUCGUACCACAAUCGAACCCAGAGGGCCGGGCACGCCAGGUUUGGCAGCAGCAUUGGGCUGGGAACAGGCCUGGGUGGGCUAACCUCGGGGGCAGGUUCGGGAGCGGCUGGCUCGGGAGAUGCCUUGGAGGGGUCAGGUUCGGAGGGUGGUUCGGACGCGGAGGAUUUUUUGACAUCGGUUCCCCCUUCGGCCCUAGAUGUUCUGCAGGGCAGCGGGCAGGCGAAAAAGAAACCUCCGACCGGAAAUUGGAAGAGCCCUCUUUCGGCAGCAUCACCACCCGGAGCUUCAGCCACGUCUGGCAUUCCCACAUCCGCCUCCUCUGGAUCAUCAGGGCCGUUGAAUUCAUCCGGAUCUGUCCCGUCAAGAUCCCGAGGGACAUCUGCAGCGUCGAUUCUAAGGCACGGCAGUUGGGAGCAGAGGGAGUUUGCACAGCUGGCAGAGCAGUUUGGAUUGGCAGCAGAAGAGGAGGGGCUGGGGGGGUUGGUGGAAGGUGGGAGACAUGGAGGUGCAAGUGUUGCAGGUGGACCUGGGGUAGGUUUAUCUGAUGCGAAUGCAGCAGAGGCGGGGCUAUCUGGUGCAGGUGGGAAGUGGAUUGGGAGGAGCAGCUCAGUUCCUGAGACAGGCCCGUCUGGAGGUUCGUGGGGGUUUAGUGGGAUGGUGGGAGAGGUUGAAGGGGUGGGAGUUGGAGGGGUAAGAGACACAGAGGAUGAGGUGGAGGGGGGAGAAGCUAGGGUAAAAUCGAAACUAGUGGCUGGUGUUGCUACAGUUGCAGCUGGUGCAUCUGGCACAGCCGGUGGUGGUGGUGGUGGUAAAAGUGGUGGUGACUUAUAUGGGGGACGGGGUGAAGGAUUUCUGGAAGGAGGAUCGGAUUUGUAUGGCAGCAAUGGAAUGGCUGCUGAUCACCUUGUAGCAGGCCAGGUUUUAGGGUUCACUGCUUCUGCUACAGCUGCUGCUGCUGCUACAGCUGAUGCUGCUGCUACAGCUGCUACAGGUGCUGGUGGUGGUGGUGGUGGUGAUGCUGCUGCUGUUGCUAGUGCGGGUGCUUCUCGCACUGGUGGUGACCUGUAUGCGGCACCACCACCAUCAUCAUUCCCCCUUCCACCACACCCAUCAGCACCUCUCCCGCCAGCAUCCUCCCUCUCUAGAAAACCCCCUCAGCCAAGGCUCCCCCGCGCAUUCUCUGCAGACACUGCAAACGCCCUCCCCCCCCGCAGCUCCAGUGCAGGAGAGGGCGAGAGAGUGGGAGCAAGAGAGGGAGCGAGCGAGGGAGAACGAGACGGAGAGGGAGAGCUAGGGGGAGCGGAGGAGGGGUUGAUGGCUCUGGAGAGGAAUCUGAGCCUACCGUCGCCCAAGCCGGUUCCGCAGGUGGAGGAGGCUUCAUUUGAUCGCAAUUUGUCGCUGCACAAUGUGAUCAAGAAGCGGAUCAGCAGCCACGCAGGGGAGGUGGGGCAGCAGUUUGCUCGCCUCUCCACGCUCCUGAAGAAGUCAUCGUCCACACCCAACGCACCUGGCAGUGGGGGCAGCGGAGCAGCAGCAGGGGCCAAGCGGCCGACACAGGAAGGGAAGAGACCACCCAAGCCAGCCAAGAGCGCAUCAGACAGACCGUCCAGUGGCAACCCACUCGCCAGAACGUCAUCAAUGGCAGCAGAGUUUGGCGAUUUGCCAGCACCCAAGAGAACGCACUAUCAGUACUCUGAAUUACAGCUGGCGACCGAGAAUUUCAACGAGGCCAACGUGUUGGGGCAGGGCGGAUUUGGGAAGGUGUAUUAUGGUGUGCUGCCCGUGCACCCCGCUCAGGUGGUGGCGGUGAAGGUGUUGAAGCAGGGCGGGGGAGAGCAGGGGGACGACGAGUUUGUGACAGAGCUGGAGCUGCUGAGCCGCCUGGAGCACAAGCACCUGGUGAAGCUGAUGGGGUACUGUAUGCGGCGCAAUCAGCGAAUACUCGUCUACGAGUUUCUGCCCAACGGGAGCCUUGCCGACCACCUGCACGGCAAAAAGGUCAGGCAGAACGGGCCCCUGUCGUGGGAGAAGCGGCUGAAGAUUGCUGUUGGAUCGGCGAGGGGGUUGAGGUACCUGCACUCCCAGCGGCCGCAGGUGCUGCAUCGAGAUGUGAAGUCGCCCAACAUACUCAUCACUGACAGCUAUGUUGCCAAGGUAGCGGACUUUGGGUGUGCGAAGUUAAUCAAGAAGACGAUUCUAGUAGAGGACCCCAACACGGGCGAGAUGGUGGAGACGCUGGGGGAGAACGUGGAUGUGGCGAUGGGGACGCACGGGCACAUGGCUCCUGAGAUACUCAUGACUGGGGAAAUCAGUGCUGCCACCGAUGUGUACAGACAACCACGAAAGGGAGAUGGUGGAGAGAUGGGGGAGAGAUGGGGGAGAGAUGGUGGAGAGAUGGUGGAGAGAUGGUGGAGAGAUGGUGGAGAGAUGGUGGAGAGAUGGUGGAGAGAUGGUGGAGAGAUGGUGGAGAGAUGGUGGAGAGAUGGUGGAGAGAUGGUGGAGAGAUGGUGGAGAGAUGGUGGAGAGAUGGUGGAGACGCUGGGGGAGAACGUGGACGUGGCGAUGGGCACACACGGGCACAUGGCCCCUGAGAUACUCAUGACUGGGGAAAUUAGUGCCGCUACUGAUGUGUACAGGUAG